GCAGCUGCGCUCUGUGGUAUCGUCGCUGGCGCUUCGCCAGAGAUCCUCCCCCUGGCUACGGUACUUCAACUUCCUGUAGCGGUUUAUGCAAGUCAAGUGUCUGAGCAGGAUUAUCAACAUCAACAAUUAUGUUGCAAAUAAGAAGUCAAAUUAAAUUCUGUUCACUGGCAUUUUCUGCCGCUCGCAUGUUUACCACUGGACCGCCUGCCAGCAACCCAGUUGUCUACUUUGAUAUUGCAGCAGGCAACUCGCCUCUUGGAAGAGUCACCUUCGAACUAAAUGCAGAUGUUGUGCCAAAAACUGCAGAGAAUUUCCGGGCGCUAUGCACAGGGGAACACGGCUUUGGAUUCAAGGGAUCGACGUUCCACAGAGUGAUUCCCAAUUUCAUGUGCCAGGGUGGAGACUUCACUAAUCAUAAUGGAACUGGGGGAAGAUCUAUAUAUGGACCUAGAUUCCCAGAUGAGAACUUCAAACUAAAACAUACUGGAGCUGGAGUGCUGUCAAUGGCGAACGCGGGUCCAGAUACAAACGGGUCCCAGUUCUUCAUCUGCACCUCAAAGACAGAUUGGCUGGAUGGCAAGCACGUUGUGUUUGGCCAUGUGAAGGAAGGGAUGAACAUAGUCCAGAAAGUGGAGUCCUUCGGUUCUCGGUCUGGGAGCCCUUCCAAGAAGAUCACCAUCACAGAGUGCGGCGAGCUCAAGUAGUGAAUUGUGGCUUUGGCAAUUGUGAAUAUCACCAACUGUGAAUUUAACAUAAAUCAGGAAACUAGUAAUAAGGAAUCUUUUACUAUGUAGUUCAGUCAAACUUGAUCCGAGUUGUCUUCGGUACGCUGGACAUUUUUGAAAAUGUGACACUGCUGUUUAAUCGGGGGGGGGGGGGGGGGGUGCUCGUGAUUGAACCAGGUGAAUCUUCUCUAUUACACUCUAAAGGGCUUUUCUUUACUCAUCCAAUGUGAGUAUUAAUUUUUAACGUGCAUAUUGUUGUAAAACGCCUGUCAGAAUUAACAUAGAAACUGACUUGUGACUGACUGUUGGAUCUGGAAUUAAACUUUACAUGUACCUGUA